GGCAUCGGGAUGGGAAAGGCCAGGGUUGGGAGCAGCCACAUCCCUUUAUCCCGGUGUCCUCUCCCCCCACCCCAGACCUGUGCCGGAGCUGCCACCACCUCAUUGCUCGCCACGAGUACACCUUCAGCGUGGUGGACGACUACCAGGAAUACACCAUGCUGUGCCUGCUCUGUGGCCGGGCUGAGGACUCCAUCAGCAUCCUCCCUGAUGACCCCAGGCAGAUGACUCCUCUCUUUUGAAGCCAGUUUGGAUCCCACUCUGAAUCCCUGGGUGUCCCAGGACCUCCCUUCCCACUCCCCAUCCGCACCAGGAGAUCCCUGGCAUCGGGAUCCCUAUGGAUAACGUGGUCCUUUACCUGA